CGGUCGGCUUCCGCAUUUGCCUCUCCAUAGCCGCGUUGCAUCGUUCGAUACAAUUCGUGAGGACCAUUAGUUUGGUUCAUACCUCGAUAACCCACCUUUUUCACAGCUCAAAGCAUAUCGUCUACGCUGGUUGACUGCAGGCAUGGCACAACCUAUGUCUGGAGACGUCCCUGAGCUGGCCCCGCUAGAAGUGGUCGUUCCAACCCGCAGGCGCCGUAUGAUAGGGUGGGCUAUGCUGCAACCGGGUGAGAAAGUAGAGCCGUCGCAGCGGUUUGACUCCAACAUUACGCAAGAGCAUAUCCUCCCGCCAGAUCAGAAGCGACGUCGGCCAGCUGUUCAAGAGUCAGAACCCCAGCAUAAAGGGCACUCUAAUGCGAAGACAAAGGGAAACAUGCCCUCGAAGCGGUCAUCUCAAGGAAGCCGAGCACCCCAGCAAUCUCGUAUAUUGUUGGGGGAAACAAAGCCCGGCGCCGACGAUUCCAUCGAGCUCAAGCGAGAGAUAACGCGCUUGAAAAUUGAGAACGAUCUCCGUGCUCUUGCAGAGUCUCGAGAGAUUCAACGGCUCCAAGCUGAGGUGAAGCGCUUGGGAAGGCUCAAGACAGAAUUGAACAGAGCGAUUGACCGGUUGUUAUCAGACCCUACCCGUUCUGCAGCAGCAACGCCCGAAAGUGCUACAAGCAACGAUGCUAUAUUGCGCGAGAAGGAAAGGUUGAUCGAACGCCAGAUUUGCUCGAUUAAUGACCUGGAAUCAAGCUUGAGUGAGGCUUAUGAGCAUGAAUUCCUACGUUCGAGGAUUCGAAAUACGGACCUUCCAACAAGCACAGCUAGCAUCGAAGAUGCUAUGAUAUUAAUCAAACGUGGUGUUAUUCGUACUGCAGAUUUACUGUCCAGCUGUUUACACCCUCCCGAUUUACUACAUCUUGUACUUCAGAUGAAUGCAGCCACCGAUCUUCGGAAUUUGUUCAACAGCACAGUUAAAGACAGCAGCAUUCUUGAAAAAACCCCUGACUUAGCUCUGCGGGCAAUGUUAUUCCGUAUUGUCCGUGACCAAAUACUAAACUCCGAAAUUUGGACGGCUUUCCACACAGAAGGGUUCAUGCUGAGAGCCUAUCAGAGGACGAUUCAGCAAACUGCCGGUAGCGAGUUUGCCUCGACAUUUCACAAAGCAUCUCUGCUUUACAUGUUGGACCACGACCCAGAUUUCGAGGCAUGUUUCCUCGGUGCACAGGUGAAAGAACUUCAGAUUUAUACAAUGAGGCUGUUGGAUCCAUUCUUCGAUUCUGCCAAGCUGACACCAAACGAAAAAGACCUUCUCCGUGAGAUGGACCACCUCUUUUUUGAAACCUUUUUCUUCAGAGCCCGGUGUUUUGCUCCGGACGGCAUACGAUACGAGGUCAUCCACUUCGAGCCAGGAGAGUCCUUUGAUUCAGUUACCAUGGAGGCGCAGGACGCGCCGCAGGAGCAAUUACAGGGCCAGGAACGGGACAAAAAGCCGCUAAUCAGGCUUUGUGUGCAUGGAACGGUCGUGGCACAUAGGAUUUAUGAAACAGAAACAGAGGGGCUGCGUAAGCUUAAACUACUGAGCCAACCGUUCUUGCAACCAUCCAAGUCUCGAGCCCAUAGCGGAAGAGCCGUUGGGGAAGUGGUUAGCGAUAAAGCAAUUGUGGUGCUUCGGUGA